CAAUCAAAACGAGUUAACACACCAAUUUAAGAGUUCAAACUCCAAAGUCUGAAUCUCCAAAAUUUUCCCCCAAAAUCAAGUUUUUUUGGAAUUUUCCAAUGACCACACAUCAGUACAUUAAUUCUUCUUCGUCCUUUCGUUUGGUUUAUUUUUUGGUUAUCGGAAGCCUUGUUGUUUGGUCGGCGGAGGGCGGUCACCGGAAAGAACAGGCGAGAGAUAGGAUCGUGAAGCUACCCGGACAGCCGCGGAAUGUGAAGUUCUCGCAAUACUCGGGAUACAUUACAGUGGAGGCUAAGGCUGGUCGAGCCCUGUUUUAUUGGUUGACGGAGGCGCCGGCUAAGAGUCGACCUGAAACGAAGCCGUUGGUUUUAUGGCUGAAUGGUGGGCCAGGGUGCUCCUCUAUAGCAUAUGGUGCCUCCGAGGAAGUAGGUCCCUUUCGAGUUCGGGAAGAUGGCAAGUCUCUUCGUUUGAACCCCUACGCCUGGAAUCAAGAGGCAAAUUUGCUAUUCCUAGAUUCACCUGCGGGUGUGGGAUUUUCUUAUUCAAAUACAUCAUCAGAUAUUUACACUGCGGGCGACAAGAGAACAGCCGAAGAUGCAUACACGUUUCUUAUGAAAUGGUUAGAGAGGUUCCCAAAUUACAAGCACAGGCCUUUCUAUAUAGCUGGAGAAAGCUAUGCAGGUCAUUAUAUUCCUGAGCUAUCUCAAGUUAUCGUCCAUCGCACCGAAGGAGUCAAGAAUCCCGUCCUAAAUUUCAAAGGUUUUUUGUUGGGAAAUCCACUUUUGGAUGAUUAUUAUGACAACAUUGGAUCACAUGAAUAUUGGUGGAACCAUGGUUUGAUAUCAGAAUCAACAUACAAAGAACUAAAAAGGUCAUGCUCAAAUGAUACAUUCUUAUUCCCCAAGGAUGGAUGUAACAAUGCUUUGAGUGGUGCUUAUGAGGAGUUCGGCAACAUCAAUCCUUACAACAUCUAUGGUCCUCCUUGCAAUGCCAUUUCCACUUCUAACCAUCGUUUAGCUCAACUCCCCCUGCCAUGGAGAUUUAGAGGAAAUGAUGAAUGUGUAGUAAUGUAUACCAGAAGAUAUAUGAAUAACCGACGUGUUCAAAAGGCUCUUCAUGCACAUCUCACUCCUCUUCGUCAUCCUUGGACUACUUGCAGUUCUGCUAUUAGACGAAACUGGACUGAUUCUCCAAAAUCAAUGCUUCCUAUCAUCAAACAACUUAUUGGAGCUGGAAUUAGAAUUUGGAUAUUCAGUGGAGAUACGGAUGCUGUAUUGCCUUUGACAGCAACCAGAUAUUCCGUUAAUGCACUCAGCCUCCCAACCAACAUCAGCUGGUAUGCUUGGAUUGAUGAUCAAGCUCAGGUUGGUGGUUGGAGUGAAGUAUACAAAGGGUUAACCUAUGUGACAGUGAGGGGAGCAGGGCAUGAAGUUCCAUUGACUCAACCUCAACGUGCGUUGCGUUUGUUUAGGUAUUUCUUGAUGAAUUUGCCCCUCCCUUCUUCACUUUCCGAUUAAUUAAAUUAUUCAUCAAUUAGGAUUCCAUUUCUUGUUUAUUACAUAUGAAUAUGAUCCACUUGAUCAUCAUGUAUGCACGUAUAUAUAUAGAAAAUCACAGCAGAAAAGAAAAAAGAAAAAAUUCUGUUAGGGUUCAAUAUUUAUAUAUAGUGAUUUAUUGUAUUAUUACAAAUUAUAUAUAGUGACAAUAAUUACAUUGAUUUGAA